CCCCCUGAAAUUAUUGAAUGACAGUCUUAGAUAACGAACCUCCGAUGUUCAGUGGUUGCCCUGGUGACGUCAUCAUUCCUGCCAAGCCAUCGUCCAAUCAGGUGGCUUACAGCUGGCCUCCACCUCUCAUCUCGGACAAUGCUGGUCCUGUGAAUGUCACGUUCAGUUGCCAAGCAACCACAGUUUUGAAAUGUAACAAAACCGGCAGUGGGAUCUUCACAGUUGGUGUUACUACAGUGAUCUACAACGCUACGGAUACAUCUGGCAACCAUGCCACGUGUCUUUUUAAAGUCACCGUCAUAGUGGUGGAUCUAGUAUGCCCAGCAAAUUUCACAGUCGAUACGGAGCCAGGUUUCACCAAUACCAGUGUUAACUGGAUGGAACCGGUUGUUACUGGAUGGGACGGACCAACCAACUUCACCUCAAGCUUCAGUCCUGGCGAUGAACUCGAGAUAGGUAGCAAUGAUGUCAACUACCAGCAGCGGUUUGAGUACGGCCUGAGUCUGAACUGCUCGUUUUCGGUUCAGGUUAUCGGUUUUUGUCCAGCCAGCACCACGAAUGAUGCUCUUCAUGGCCGGUUGAUGUGGCUUGCAACAAGAAGAGGCACAACAGCAGAAUCGUUCGAGAGAUGCCCGCUCAUUACAUCAAAAGCUGGGGAUCCGUUAGCUGUUCGCAGCUGCUCCGUUGUACCUCCGCCGGACUAUUUCCAGUGGGGAAACCACGUACCUCGCGGUUGCGGAGAAGAAAGAAACAAUCUAACUCUGGAUCAAGUCAAAGAUGUUAACGUCAGUCUAGGGAACGUAAAUGAAGUGGCUGAGUUUCUGGCCAAUCAGACGUCAGAGUCAACUGAAAGUGCAGAAAAUGUCCAAGCGGUCUCCACCAUUUUGAUGAACAUUGUCGGGGCAGGAUCAGGAGAUCGUGAGGUAACUGAGUUGGUGAUACAGACGGUAAGCAAUGUCAUCAUGAGCACUAGCCAGACUCCAGACUCCCAGACUCCUGAGGUCAAUGCUGGCAGCUCCUCAGCCAUCGUUCAGUCUGUUGAGGCUCAAGUUUCCUUGACUCUGAGACAAGAGGGUCCGGUCAGUAUACAGCAGGACACCAUCCACGUUGAGGCGGUCAGUCUGGACCAAAUGCAGGUUAGCAACGGACUCACCUUCGUAUCUGCUCCGGAGCAGGAGACCGGACAGUCUUCACCGCAAGAGGGCAGUCUUGUCGGCACUAAGGUCACGACCUUGGUUAAUGCCAGUGAUGAGGUGCCUCAAGAUGUGAUAGCUUCAAUCCGGUUACCAGCUAGCAUUUUCAGCAGUGAAAACAGUUCCCAGCCGCUGCGGGCGAGUUUCAUUGUCUACGCUGAUGACACCUUGUUCAAGUCAGCUCGUAUCAAUGGCUCCCAAGAGAAUGAGAACGGUUCGAGCCUCCGGGUUGCGGGGACUGUCGUCUCACUGACUGUGCAAGACGUUGAGUUGGUCAACCUCACCGAACCAGUGGUCAUCCAAUUCAAGGCACCAUCCAUUAAUGAAACAGAGAGAAACAGCACCAUCCAGUGCGUCUUCUGGGAUUUCGAUCUGAACGACGAAGUCGGCGAUUGGUCGAUGGCUGGUUGCUUGCUGUCAACAGAGACCAAUUAUACAGUGUCCUGUAACUGCAGUCAUGCGACCAACUUUGCCAUUCUUGUGGAUGUUCAAGGACAGAAGGACGAACCAGGUGAUCCAUUCCAGAAGGCAUUGGAAAUCAUUAGCCAAGUUGGUUGUGUCCUCUCCAUCAUUGCACUGGUCAUCACCUUGACUGUGUAUCUUGCUAUCAAGAAACUGCGAAACGGCAAAUCUCGUCAGAUCUUCAUCCAUUUCUGCUUCUCCUUGCUGAUGUUGUACAUCGUGUUCCUUGCCGGUGUCGACAACGCAAGGGGUACUGGAGGUGGUUGUGUGUUUGUGGCUGCUUUACUCCACUACUUGACUCUGUCCUCUAUGAUGUGGAUGGCCGUUGAAGCCAGGAACAUGUACGUCAGUACGGUGAAGGUGUUCCCAGAAGACGCGCCUCGAUACAUGCUCAAGGCUUGCCUCAUCGCUUGGGGAUCUCCACUGAUUGUUCUAACGAUCACCUUGGCUGCAGCAACUGAUCACUACGGAAACGAGCAUUACUGCUUCCUUGAGCCUGAUCUUGUGCUGUACCUCGGCCUCCUUGCUCCCAUCGGUCUCAUCCUUCUCCACAACAUCAUCACCUUCAUCUUGGUCAUGCGCAGUCUCCUGAAGGUCAAGGAGGAAUCUCGCUCCCAGCAGAUCUCCAAACGCCUCCAGAAUGCCGUGGCCAUCUCCGCCCUCAUGGGCUUGACCUGGUGUUUUGGGUUUCUGGCAAUCGAAGGAGCCAAGUUUGCCUUUCAGCUCAUCUUCUGUCUGGCUAACUCCGUGCAGGGUCUGAUUGUCUUCAUCAUGUUUUGCGUGCGACGUGAAGAGGUCCGCACCGCCCUCGCACCGUACAUGAAGCGCAUCUGCUGCGGUCGCACCUGUGAUUUACAGGUGCCGUGGAGAAAGGAUAGGUCACCUAACAUGCCGAUGUUGUCUGAGUCGGUGCCAACUUCACCAUUGACUGCCCAAACUGCUGAAAUUGACAUGUCCGUGUCAGGCCCGUUUUAGUGACUGCGAUUCUCGCUGUCUGAAGCGUCGAUCUUCAGAGUCUGCGUAUAGAAUACUUAAUUCGCUCUUUCCAUGCUCCGCCAUAGGCAUGCAAAGCCUCGAUCUGGUAAGUUUACACAAUGAAAAUAGCCGGAUUUGUGAUCUGAACCCCGACACGAGAAUCACUGAACCGGCUAUUUUUAUUGUGUAAACUUUCCAGAUCAAGGCUGUGCAUAUGCCUAUGGCGGAAGCGUGAAAAGAGCGAAUUGACCUAUCGCCGUUUGCGAGUUAGCCAC